CCUUCACUCCACCACCACAAAUUAUGCUGCACACUCUGUAAAAGACAACGCCAAAAGCCCCGGAGAGCCGACUCUCUGACCCCCGGCGUUAUGGUAUAUUUUUGGCCUUGGAAGUCGAGCGAGGACGCUGCCUCUUUCGAGAAGACACUUUCCACCCUAACCACCAAGAUAUCUAAGACUGCUGCGAGAAAUGACGUGUUGCGACUCAGGUCACGGCGUGUCCGUGUUAUGUGGACUCUCUACGCUGGAUUUGCCUACAUUCUCGCUGCACUGCUCUUAGUUUUCGUGACAGGAUGGCGGGGUUGGGGCGUGGUUGAGGUAUCGAUCAUAUCUGGUGGACCUGUGGUGAUAUACAUCGUCCGCACCGCCAUGACUACAUACUACGACUACCGCAUAUCAAACACACAAUCCUACCUCGAAACCCUCCAUAAAGAACGAGAGGCCACAAUAGAGAGGCUGAAGGCUGCCACCAAGUACAAUUCGACCCAACAACUACUCGAGAAGUACGGGGCCUCCCCGAAGGCGAGGGAAUCCCCCUCCCCGGCAGCACGAAGGAAGUCGCAAGGCCUUCAGAAAUUCCCCCAGCCACAAGGGCCUCGUACUGGCAUUACUCCACCCCCAACAGCAAACAUCCCCCGACCUGGAAAUCUUUCACCCCCAGGAAACCAGCGUCCGUCUACCCCUCAGAGACCUGCCACGGCCGGUGCUUCCCCACAAACUCCCUGGCCGGGCCAAGCUCUACUCCCACAGGAAGUUCCAAGCGCAGAAUUCGCACCAAAUGCAUUUACCUCAGCAGAAUUAACACGGCAAUACUCAUCGUCAACGGCAGCAACGUUCACCCAAACACAUUGGUACGACAGAAUUCUAGACGCCCUUCUCGGAGAAGAUGAAGCACAGCCUAAAAACCGACUUGCCUUGAUCUGUAGCGAAUGCCGGCUCGUCAAUGGCCAAGCACCACCCGGAACCCGAACGCUUGAAGAUCUAGGUCGAUGGCGAUGUUGCGGGUGUGGAGCCUGGAAUGGCAACGACAAGGUCCAGGAAAACAUUGUAGCAGGCUUAGUUCAAAAUUGGGAAGCGGAACGGAAUACUAGAGAGAAAGAGCAGGGCGGAAGCACGGAAGGGGGAAUUGAUUCGGACAACAGGGAGACUGAAGAUGAUGGUGGGCUUGUGGUUGGCACUGACGAGGGAUCUGGUGUCGAUAUCGCAGAGGAGUCGAUUGAAGAGAGUGAGCCACCAGCAAGGUCUACGAGGAGUAAGGCCAAAGGCAAGGGGAGGAAGUAAAGUGUAUUAUUAGUGUGGUGAUAUGUCCCUAAAAACGAUACCACAACCUUCUAACUGAUAGUAAUUCAAACAGUGUAUUAUUU